AUGAAGGGCAUAGCCGCCUUAGUGAUCGCCGCUCUCGUUGGCCAGGUCGCCGCGGCGCCGCCGGAGCCGCCCACCCACUUGGUCGAGAAGAGGGCCGCCCCGACUGUGUCCAGCCCUGCUGCCUCCAUCGUGGGAACCAGCCGCCUUGCCACCGAGGCCUUCAACGGCAUCCCCUUUGCCCAGCCGCCCGUUGGGCCUCUCAGACUGAAGCCCCCCGUCAGACUCAAUUCGUCUUUGGGCAACUUCGAUGCCUCGGGCAUUGCUCCGGCAUGUCCACAGUUCGCGGCCGACUCAGACUCAAACGAGUUUUUGGCACAGGUCAUGGACACGGUCAUGAAUCUGCCCUUCUUCCAGCAGGCCCUCAAGAUCAGCGAGGAUUGUCUCACGCUCAACGUCAUUCGACCAAUCGGCACCAAGGCCGGCGACAAGUUGCCCGUGUUGUUCUGGAUCUACGGAGGUGGUUUUGAGCUUGGCUGGAGCUCCAUGUAUGAUGCCGGCCCGCUUCUCGUAAAUGCCAUCAACAUGGGCAAGCCAUACGUGUUUGUUGCAGUCAACUACCGUGUUGCGGGUUUCGGCUUCAUGCCGGGUAAGGAGAUUCUCGCUGACGGCGCCGCCAAUCUCGGCCUCCUCGACCAGCGCAUGGGUCUCGAGUGGGUUGCCGAUAACAUCGAAGCGUUUGGCGGCGAUCCCGACAAGGUCACCAUCUGGGGUGAGUCGGCCGGCGCAAUCUCGGUCCUCGAUCAGAUGGCUCUCUACGACGGCGACAACACGUACAAGGGCAAGCCCUUGUUCCGAGGCGCCAUUAUGAACUCGGGCAGCAUCGCCCCUGCGGAACCCGUCGACUGUCAAAAGGGUCAGGUUGUCUACGACCAGGUCGUUGCCAAGGCCGGCUGCGCUGGGGCCGCCGACACACUGGCCUGCCUUCGCGCGGCGCCUUACGACAAGUUCCUCGCUGCCGCCAAUUCGGUCCCGGCCAUCCUGUCGUACAACUCAGUCGCCCUGUCGUACCUGCCCCGGCCAGAUGGCAAGGUGCUCACCAAGAGUCCCGACGUCCUGAUCAAGGAGGGCAAGUAUGCGGCCGUGCCCAUGAUCAUUGGUGACCAAGAGGACGAGGGCACCCUGUUUGCGCUUUUCCAGUCCAACAUCACCACCAGCGCCAAGCUCGUCAGCUAUCUCGGCGAUCUCUUCUUCCACCGCGCCACCAAGGCCCAGAUCGAGGGCCUCGUCGAGACCUACUCGACCUGGGUCUGGGACGGCUCUCCCUUCGGCAGCGGUCUCCUCAACGAGAUCUACCCAGGCUUCAAGCGGCUCGCCGCGCUGCUAGGCGACAUGGUCUUUACCCUCACGCGCCGCGUCUUCCUCGAGAUGGCGACCACGGUCAACCCCAACGUGCCCGCGUGGUCGUACCUCGCCAGCUACAACCGCGGCACCCCGAUCCUCGGCACCUUCCACGGCAGCGACAUCGUCCAGGUGUUUUAUGGUAUUUUGCCCAAUUAUGCUGCUAAGAGCAUCCAGGGCUACUAUGCCAACUUUGUCUACAACCUCGAUCCCAACAACGCGGCGGGCGGCACCAGCGCCAGGAGCAAGAUCGCUGAGACCUGGCCCCGCUGGACCGGCAAGGAGCGCAAGCUUAUCAAUUUCUUUGCCAACAGGAAUGGCUAUCUUGAUGAUGACUUUCGUUCGGAUACGGCAAAGUAUAUUGCUGCGCAUGCGGAUGUUUUUCUUGUUUAG